GCUCAAGCUGCUUUUGGUCUCUUGGAUUGGUCGGGCGAACCAAACAAAUUCUACACAGCUGAGUGGUGGUGCGGCUUGCAACGGAUCCAGCCUGGUUCGGCUUCUGGCACCCAAGCGCAAGAGUCGUGGCACCGCUGGAAGCUCAAGAAAUACCUCGGCCUUCGCUCCAGUUUGUCCACUUUUGCCAAGUCCUUGUCAGAUUUCACUAAAUCACGUCUUGUUGACCUUCGCGGUCAGGGCUCCUGCUUGGCAGACAUGCCUUCCGAACCGUUCCCUGACAAAACCGUGUUGCUGGAUUCAGAUUGUUUGACCCGGCAAGGGCGGCCUUCUGCUGAUCAAUACUUCCGGUUGCAAGCAUGGGACCGGUGUGGCGACGAUGAUGGAACUGUCUUCUUUUGCAUGCGCGGCACCUUGGCCACGUAUGAUCAUGAUUCCAAUGCUUGGUCGAAAGCCCCUGACAAUUCGGUGCGCAGUCCUUCCCCGGGUUUUGCCCGAGCUUUUGCUGAUCUUCUGCGGGCGAAAUCGGAGGACUCUUUGAUUUGA